AUGAAGAAAGGUCUUAUAACUCUCUGUGCAUUUGCAGUUUGCGAUGCAAAAAGCCUUCAUUUACGUGAUGAGAAACAGAGGAGCGGGUUACGCGAUGCUAUUGCUGGACUUGGAGCCUCAAAUCUAGUCUCUAAAAGAACGAACAAUGAAAGUUUCUUGCUGCCGAUAUCUAAUGUUAAAGGUAAGCGUAAGAGAGAUGAUGAUGAUGAUGAUGACGAUGAUGAUGAUGAAGAGGAAGAAAAAGAGAGGAAGAAAAAGAGAGAACAAGGUGAUGAUUCCUCGUCUGGAGGCAAAAAGAAAAAGCACAAGAAAAAGAAAAAAAAAGAAAGAGAUGAUGAAGAGGAAGAUGAGUCAGAUUCGAAGAAAAAGAAAAAGCAUAAAAAGAAGCACAAAAAAAGAAAGCAUUGA